AGCAUAUAGCCCUAUAAAUAGAACAUCCAUCGUUGGAGUACAGUACAGAAGACAAAAGCCUACAACAUGAGUCUCACAGACAAAGACAAGGCCCUCAUCAAGGGAUUCUUUGCCAAGGUCUCCAGCAAAGCAGUGGAGAUCGGACACCAGACGCUGGCACGCACAAUCGUCGUCUACCCCCAAACCAAAGUCUACUUCUCCCACUGGAAAGACCUCGGGCCCGACUCCCCCAACAUUAGGAAGCAUGGCUACACCGUGGUGAAAGGGGUCCUGGAUUCCGUCGACCUGAUUGACGACCUUGUCGGUGGUCUUCUCGAGCUCAGUGAGCUCCAUGCUUUCCGUCUGCGCAUUGACCCUGCAAACUUCAAGAUCUUGAACCUCAACCUGGUGGUCGUGCUGGGACUGAUGUUCCCAGAUGAUUUCACUCCUCAGGUGCAUGUUUCUGUCGACAAAUAUUUAGCUCUAAUUUGUCUGGCAUUGUGCGAAAAGUAUAGGUAAAAACCCAAUACGAAAAAUGCGAAAUGGUCAUCAUCGGCACAUGUCUGCAUCGAAAUAUCUGCAAUGUUCAUCGACACAUGUCUGCAACGAAAUAUCUGCAAUGUGAAUCAUUGACGCAUGUUAUAUGAAAUAAAGCAAAAAAAAAAAAA